UUAGUGCAGCACGCCUUUAACUAGCAGUCUCUCAGAACAGCCGAAGGCGAUGGCACAGUCGCAUUCUCCCGUAGCUCAGUUUUGCCGAGGGGAAAAUAUUUGAACCUGCUCUUUUCAGUAUCUCAAAAGAGGGCGUUGCAGGAAAAAGAGAAGGUGACUGAUGUCCUUCAUCAGAAAGAGUGCACGCUAGCUAGAAGGCAGACACGGACGAUUUAAGAAUGUUUUUGCAGCAUUCUUCUGGGUGGAUGCUGAAUUAAUUAUAACCCGAUCUCAGAGAAACUCGACCGCGGAGGGCAGAGCCCAUGCGAACAUGCGAGGUCUUGGGUCAAUUUGUGCAGGUGGAUGGCUAACAUGAUGUGAUCAAUUGGCUGUAUUUUCCCCUCUCUGGUCCUGGCGCGUUGCUGUGCUGUGUGAGUCUACGAUGGUAUCGAAGAAGUCCAGUAGCGAGCAGUAGAAAACGGCGAACGCAGAGUCAUGCUUCCCGGGGUCGGGGUAUUUGGUACCAGCUUGACCGCGAGGGUGAUCAUCCCCCUCUUGAAGAACGAGGGGUUCGCAGUAAAGGCUCUUUGGGGACGCACUCAAGAGGAAGCCGAGGAGUUGGCGAAGGAAAUGAACGUGCCGUUUUACACCAACAGGAUCGACGAUGUCUUGUUGCACCAGGAUGUGGAUUUGGUCUGCAUUAAUCUACCUCCACCCCUUACGAGGCAGAUCGCUGUAAAAACGCUGGGCAUCGGCAAGAACGUGAUCUGCGACCGGACGGCCACGCCGCUCGACGCCUUCCACAUGAUGUCGGCGGCGCAGUAUUACCCCAAGCUGCUGAGCAUCAUGGGCAACGUGCUGCGCUUCCUGCCGGCGUUCGUGCGCAUGAAGGAGCUGGUGGAGGCGGGCUACGUGGGCGAGCUGCUGGUGUGCGAGGCGCAGGUGCACGGCGGCAGCCUCCUGGGCAAGAAGUACAACUGGAGCUGCGACGACCUGAUGGGCGGGGGCGGCCUGCACUCCGUGGGCAGCUACAUCAUCGACCUGCUGACCUUCCUCACCGGCCGGCGCGCCGAGAAGGUGCACGGCUUCCUCAGGACCUUCGUCAAGCAGACGGACCACAUCCGCGGCAUCCGGCAGAUCACCAGCGACGACUUCUGCACGUUCCAGAUGGCGCUGGAGCGGGGCGCGUGCUGCACGGUGACGCUCAACUUCAACGUGCCGGGCGAGUUCCGGCAGGAGGUGAUCGUGGUGGGCACGGCCGGCCGGCUGACGGUGACCGGCACGGACCUCUACGGGCAGAAGAACUGCGACGCCGACCGGGAGCUCCUGCUGAAGGACAGCACGCCACUGGGGAACGCCGACCUGCCCGAGAAGGCCUUCAGCGACAUCCCCUCGCCCUACCUCACCGGGACCAUCUGCAUGGUGCAGGCGGUCCGGCAGGCAUUCCAGGACCAGGACGACCGGCGCACGUGGGAUGGCAGGCCCCUCACCAUGGCGGCCACCUUCGAGGACUGCCUGUACGCCCUGUGCGUGGUGGACACCAUCAAGAAGUCCAACCAGUGCGGCGAGUGGCAGAACAUCGUGGUGAUGACCGAGGAGCCCGAGGUCAGCCCGGCCUACCUGAUCAGCGAGGCCAUGCGGAGGAGCCGGAUGUCGCUGUACUGCUAG